AUGAAGACGGCGCCGGGUGUUGUGGGGCUGUGCGACGACGCCCUGGUGGAGAUCCUUGUCCGCCUCCCGUCCAAGUCGGUGCUCCGCUGCCGCGCCGUGUGCAAGAGAUGGCGCCGCAUCACCACCGACGGCUCCUUCCUGGCCGCCCACGCUGCCCACGCGACGAGCUGCACGCGCGAGAUGAUCAUCCUCCCCGAGCACGAGUAUGACCCUAGCUCCUUGGCCGUGGAAACCAUCCGUCUAUCUCUUGAUCCCAGGCCUAGGCCGAUCCGCUUUCUUUGCAACCGAACCCAUCGAGACUGGUGCCGAGUACUGUAUUCUCUGGACGGCCUGCUGGUGUUGGAGCCACGACCCAGCCGCUACAUCAUCUGCAACCCGAUGACCAGACAGUCGGCCAGCUUGCCGCCGUUGGCUCCACAGCCGUGCUUCACCGCCUUUGCUUGCGGCUUUUACUCGCUCGGCUCGUCCAACGAGUAUCGCCUCUUGUGCCAUUGCUUGCAAGGAGAAACGGAAGAAGCCAGGCACACGCAGCGCUCCUACUACAUCCUCUCCACCGGCAGCACCCUGCCUCGACGGCUGGGGCGCGCUCCAAUUCCAGCGGGGCCACCCACCGGCUGGGUCGAGUAUGAAGUUCCCGUGGCUCACCGCGGCAUCCUCCAUUGGUUCUCUCAUCACUCGGAAGCUACCCGCACCGGCAAGAUGCUGGCGUUCCAUACGGUUUCCGAGACGUUCCGCCUCAUGUCGCGGCCGCCAGAGCGACCCGGCGAUACUACCACAAGCUGGAGCUUGUUCGAGCUAGACGGCGAGCUCUGCGUCGCAGCUAUGCCAAGCGAGACAUGGCUGGACAUCUGGGUGUUGCAAGACUUCAAGGCGGAGAGCUGGGUGCUGCGCCAUCGGGUCAAAAUAUUGGGUGGCAGCAACGUUGUGACGAUGACAAUGGUAAUCUCCGUUGGAAGCGGCGCCAUCCUUAUUGGAAGUCCCUAUUGUGAUGUGGCCAGAUUGUACAAUCUCAAAGACAAGAAAGAAGAUGCACAAGGAUGUAAUCUUUGGCCCCGCAUUACCCACCUUCUUGCUAUUCAGUGA